AUGAUUUUCCUCUCAAGACGGUUGGAGACAUCUGACCCAAGGUUUUCCGGUGUUACAAUUCAUAAUGGAACAGUUUAUAUUGCUGGACAGGUUGGAGACGUGAGCAAGAUAGAUAGCAGUGAUGUAAGCCAACAGACAAGUGAAUGUUUGGAAAAGAUAGAUCAAUUGUUAACAUUGGCCGGUUCAAGUAAAUCCAGGAUUCUUGAGGCCCGUAUUUGGUUGAAGAAUAUCAAUGAUGAUAUGGCGGAGAUGAAUAAAGUUUGGAACCAGUGGGUUGAUCCUCAAAACAAGGGUGUUCGAUACUGCGUCGAGUCAGCCCUGGCCAAACCUCAAUUUCUUGUGGAGGUUCAAGUUAUAGCAGCUCUCUAGUCCCUAGUGGUUAUCAUGUAGUCAUGCACUCUGUGCAGUGUAGUCAGUGGCACAGCUAUAGGGGGUGGGGUGUACAUGACCCCCCCCCCUCACCCACCAGAAGAGUAUGUGAUAUUCGCGCCUAUUAGUUAGUUAUGCAUUUUUUGAUGUAAAUUAUCAGGGGCUAUACCCCCUAGUAAAAGUGAAGACUUUGGUUACCUAAUAAAGAAUGGUUUAGCA